AUGGCCCGUGCCAAGCGCAACUAUGUUCCCAAAGUGAAAGGAUGCUUUGAGUGCUCGCAACGCCGCAUUGACUGUGAUCGCACCCAGCCCAACUGUGCGAAAUGCGUCGCCAAAGGUAUAAACUGCAGUGGUCUCGGUCCAAGGUACCGCUUUGUCGACGACAUCACCUCGAGUGAACGAAGACGCGAGGCACGAGAGACAUUGCAAAGUCAUCUGGCCUCACCACUUCCUGACGAGGACCAUCAAUCCAGAACGAAAGAUACUGCACAGUUCUACACCUGCGCUGAGACCAAGACAGACAUCGACGCUUUUCCCACCGAUCAUGAGAGGAUGCCGACAUCUAGCAAUACGUCUAAUGGCCGAAACGACCUCGAUUUCCAAUGCACCAGCCUGAUACAGUCCGGCUGGGCGCAAGUGUCCUGGUCAGCCUCUUCAUCUACUCCCCUGAGGUCGAACCAUGAGCCCAGCCUCAUCCCAACACCUCCAUCUGACCUAAUUGCAGCAUGGCAGCGAUACUGCCUCUUUUAUUGUAAGCUCACCAUUGUCUCGAACCGUCUGACCAAGCUUAUUUUUCCAGUCUCAGACCACAUUGCUGCAGAGCUGGUGGUGAUUGAUGAUCACCAAAAUGGGUGGCGCUACUUGAUCCUCCCGAUCGCCCAUCUCGAUGAACUGGUCAGAGAAGCAGUAUUAUCGGCAUCGGUAUUCCAUUUCUGCGCCAAUGUCAAGGAGAAAGUCUUCGAUCCCAACAUCAUCUACGGCAAUGCGAUCCGUCGUCUGCGUCAAAGACAAAAUCUAGAGGUCUAUGAUACAAGCGGCAAGCAGACAGUCUUGCUGGCUCUUCUCGUGCUCCUUGCAACCGUGAUAGUGAAUGGGUCUUCCGACUUCCCUACCGUUUUCAACUUGCUCGAGGCCGCCCUUACCGCAAGUGGAGGCGAAGCAGCAGUUGAGGUAGGUGAAUUGGGGGUCUUCCUGGUGAGGCAAAUACGGAAAUUCCGCGGCUAUGCUGCACCCUUUCUCAGCCAGGAGCGAGGAGUAACUCGUCUCAGCCUCACGGCUUCAGGUGGCCAAGAAGCCGCUGAUGGUUGGGACUGUUUCAAAUCAUACUAUGCCCUCCAUCCAGAGUAUAAUCAGCAAAUGUCUCUCAUCUACGACCUGAAUCAGCAAGCAUGUGAUAUCUAUGUCACUCGAGCGUCAAUGGGUGUGAAUGGGCUGCCUUCGUCUGAACCAGUGGCUAAGUUCAUCCGGACUCUCGAACUGCUUCCUCCGAGCUCACCAGGAGAGCAUAUCCUUGUGUUCGCAAUCUUCAUCGUCGCAUCGGAGAGUGUUCUACCUGAACACCAGCAAUAUUUCACAAACGUGCUCUUGAGGCAUCACCAGCGUAACGGCUUCGCUAAUAUUCUCACCGCCUUGGAACACCUGAAACGAAGUUGGUCCGAGCGGAGUACCAUACAGGACUGGACGGAGCGCCUUCCCCAGAUGCAGGUAUUCAUUGUAUGA